GGACUCGAGGCCUCAAUGUUUGGCAGCGGCGGUUUUCAGAGAAAAGAAAGCGAAAGAAGUUCGAGGCACAAGUCUGUUGGGUGGGACGCACCUGCAGUCUGGGCGAGCCGAGGAUGGUUGCCCCAGGCCCCUUCCUGCAGCUGCUCUGAGUCCUGGGGCUCCGACCUCCGAAGAACUUGCGAACCGAGUUACACGUGUACUUCCAGAGCCGGACGAGAUCCGGAGGCGGGGAGCGUGCGGCUGGCCGGGAACCCUGGGGCGUGUCAGGCCUUCCGGCACUCUUUCUUCGGGAGGAUGUCCAGAGACGAGUUCAGCAAGAAAGAUUGCCUUUCAAUCAGGAAUGUUGUAGCUUCAAUCCAAACCAAAGAAGGUCUGAAUCUCAAGUUGAUAAGUGGAGAUGUUCUAUAUAUCUGGGCUGAUGUCAUUGUCAACACUGUUCCCAUGAAUCUUCAGCUUGGAGGAGGACCACUAUCUCGGGCAUUUUUGCAGAAAGCUGGUCCCAUGCUCCAGAAAGAGUUAGAUGACAGCAGGCGGGAAACAGAGGAAAAAGUGGGUAACGUAUUCAUGACAAGUGGCUGCAAUCUGGACUGCAAAGCUGUGCUCCAUGCCGUGGCUCCAGAUUGGAAUAAUGGAGCGGGGACUUCUUGGCAGAUCAUGGCAAAUAUAGUCAAGAAAUGUUUGACAACUGUAGAAGUGCUAUCUUUCUCAUCAAUCACAUUUCCCAUGAUUGGAACAGGAAAUUUGCGGUUUCCCAAAGCUGUUUUUGCUAAACUAAUCCUUUCAGAAGUGUUCGAAUACAGUAGCAGCGCAAGGCCGAUAACUAAACCUUUACAAGAAGUCCACUUUCUGGUAUAUACAAAUGACAAUGAAGGCCGUCAGGCAUUUUUAGAUGAAUUCACUAAAUGGUCAAGAAUAAAUCCCGACAAGGCCAAGAUUCUCACAGCUGGAGAUACCCAAGGUGUGGUUGGGACUGUCUCUAAGCCUUAUUUCACAGCAUAUGAAAUGAAAAUUGGUGCAAUUACUUUUCAGGUUGCUACUGGAGAUAUAACCACUGAACAGGUAGAUGUUAUUGUAAACUCAACAACAAGGACAUUUAAUCUGAAAUCAGGUGUGUCAAAAGCUAUUUUAGAAGGUGCUGGACAAGCUGUGGAAAAUGAAUGUGCUGUACUAGCUGCACAGCUACACGGAGAUUUUAUAAUUACACAAGGUGGACGCUUAAAGUGCAAAAUAAUAAUUCAUGUUGUUGGGGAAAAUGAUGUCAGGAAAACAGUCACCAGUGUUCUAGAAGAGUGUGAACAGAGGAAGUACACAUCAGUUUCCCUUCCAGCCAUCGGAACAGGAAAUGCCGGAAAAAAUCCAACCACAGUUGCUGAUAACAUAAUCGAUGCUAUUGUAGACUUCUCAUUGCAGCGUUCCACCCCAUCAUUAAAAACCAUUAAAGUUGUCAUCUUUCAACCUAAGCUGCUAAAUGUAUUCUACGACAGCAUGAAAAGAGACCUCUCCGCAUCACCGAACUUUCAAUCCACAUUCUCCAUGACUACAUAUAAUCUUCCUGAACACUGGACUGACAUGAAUCAUCAGCUGUUUCGCGUGGUCCAGCUAGACCCAGGACAACCAGAAUAUAAUACCAUAAAGGACAAGUUCACCCAAACUUGUUCUUCCUACACAAUAGAGAAGAUUGAGAGGAUACAGAAUGCAUUUCUCUGGCAGAGCUACCAGGUAAAGAAAAGGCAAAUGGAUAUCAAGAAUGACGAUACGAAUAAUGAGAGACUCCUCUUCCAUGGGACAGAUGCAGACUCAGUGACAUAUGUCAAUCAGCAUGGCUUUAAUCGAAGUUAUGCUGGGAAGAAUGCUGUAUUCUAUGGAAAAGGAACCUAUUUUGCUGUGGAUGCCAGUUAUUCUGCCAACGACACCUACUCCAAGCCGGACAGCAAUGGGAGAAAGCACAUGUACGUUGUGCGAGUACUUACUGGAGUCUUCACAAAGGGACAUGCAGGAUUAGUUACCCCUCCACCCAAGAAUCCUCACAAUCCCACAGAUCUCUUUGACUCGGUGACAGACAAUACACAAUCUCCAAAGCUAUUUGUGAUAUUCUUUGAUAAUCAGGCUUACCCAGAAUAUCUCAUAACUUUCAGGCGUUAAAAAUAUUUUUAUCAUCAAAGAGAUUAUUUAAAUCAUCUGUGAGAACAACAUGCAAUCUUCGUCUUUGCUUUUGGCCUGUUUAAGCAGACAAAAGUUUCCCUUUCAGGUGCUAAAAUGCUGAAAAUUACCUUUUUAAAAUGCUCUAUUGCUGCAAUUUGUAGCAUACCUUUUUUUCUCAGCAAAUUGAUGGGUGGAAGCUAAGAAAUGUAUGGUAAAUGUCACAGUUAGAGCUACAGCUAUUCACAGACACCAAAUCUGUAGGAGAAUAAAAAGCACAUUAUUCUUUUUCCAUCAGAAAAAAAAAAACAAGAUACAUCACCUUAAAGCCCAGAUGACACUGUUCUACUUGGAACAUAUUAAGACAUCGAAUGGUGGCGGGUUAAACUGUACUACUUAAGUGGAGAGGCUACUGUUAUGCAUCUGUAACAGCUGGGGAUUUUGCCUUAUUAAGAAAAACCUGUCGAUAGUUCAGCUGAAAUGACUGGAUCACAGAAUAUUAACUCUGUUAUGGAACAAAUCAUAACAGAUUUUACCCGUUUACAUUUCAGGUAAAAAUGUGUAAAAAUAUUAUCCCCAAUUUUAGUGACUUAAUCCCACACAGUCUUUGUUGGUGCGGAGUUCAGGUAUGGCCUACCUGGUCAUUCUGCUAGGGUCUCUCUGAAGUUACAGACAAGAUGUCAGGGGAUGUGGUCGUUUGAAGUCUUGUCUGGGCUGGAGGUCUAUUUCCAAGGUGAAUCACAGGUAUUGGCAGUCCUCAGUUCCUCUCCUCACGGGCCUCUCCACAGGCUGCUUGAGUGUCCUCAUGACACAAGAGCUGGCUUACUCCAGAGUAAGCAACUCAAGAGAGAGCAAGGCAGAAGCUACCAAGUCUUUAUGAUUGAAGUCAUACACCAUCUUUUCCGCAAUAUCCUAUUGAUUAUUUGGAUCAUCUUGUUCAACCUGGGAGGGAAUUGCACAAGAACAUGAAUACACAUUGGCAAGGAUCACUGGGGGCCAGCUUGGAAGCUGUGUGAAUGAGCAAAUGAAUGCACAGAUAGAACGUUAGCAGCCAAAAUGAUGCUAGAGGUCACCUACCCCACUGUCCUCUUGUCUUUCUCCCCCAACCCUCCCCUGCUCCCAGGCAAGAAGCCCUCUAGCCUCUGCUUGAUCACUUUCAGCACUCAACAUCUUGAGGGAACCUAUUCCACUGUGGGACAGUGUUAAUUAGUGGAAAACUCUUUUUUUCAAAAGUUGAAAUCAGUUCCUCUAUGUCUAUUACCUGCUGAUCACUGUCCAGACUUCUGGAGGACACAGGACAAGUUUUAUUCCUCUUACCGAUGGUAGCCUUUCAGAUCCAUCCCUUCCCUCCAGUAUAUUAGAGUGAUGUAAAUUCUUAAAAUGCCUAGCAGUUUAUUUAUCCUGAAGCAUCACUUUUGAAAAGUUAGACAUUUAAGAAGUAUUUACAUUAUCAUAAAUAAAUUACAUGUGCAUUUAAAGAGGACAGAGGAGUAUAAAGAAAAAUAUCUCACCAAACUCAUUCAUAAUUCCAGCACUAAGGGAAAACCACUGCCAAUUUCUCAUGUUCUCCCUUCCAGUUUCUUCUCUAGUCCAAAUUCAACAAAGUCAAAAUCACAUUUUGUUCAGUCACGAAUCAUAUGAUAUUGUUUCUACCAUUUUUCAUUUAACAUUACAAGUUGUUUUCCUGUGUUGUUAUUUUUUCUGUACACAUAAUUUUAAUGGCAGAGUUAUUCUGCUUUAUAUCUUUUCCCUAUUUUUAUGUAUAUAGAAUUAUAAAAUUUUUAAAAAUGUAA